GGUGAUGGACGGUUUUUUUUGAGGAAGUGGAGAAACUGAAGCAAAUGGACGACCCCCCCCCACAUUGCUCCACUGUGGAACUCUCUACCGGAACCAGUGACUCAAACUGGGAUCUUCACCCUGAAGCCGGACAUGGAUUGAGAAGCUACGGAAAGCGACGAUGCUAACAUGCUAGCCCGCUUCGAAGACUCCAGGCAGCAGCACACACUCUCCACAGCAGCCUCCUCCUCCAGCCCGGUCCAGACAUGCGUGUGUCCUCGGUGCUGUCGCUGUUCCGGCCGGCGCUGCCCCUCCUCCUGGGCCUGUCCCUGGGCUGCAGCCUCAGCCUGCUCAUGGUGUCCUGGACGCAGGGGGACACGGACGAGUCCUGCAGGGACGAGCUGGGCAACGGGAGGCUCUUCCAGGGCCGAGGGGACGGACCGGGGGUCUCCAGGGACCAGGCCGGGGACGAGGACAUCCAGCCGCGCAUCGUGCCCUAUCACAAGGACCCCAACAAGCCACACAAGAAGGUCCUCAGGACCCGGUACAUCCACACUGAGCUGGGCAUCCGGGAGCGGCUGCUGGUCGGCGUGCUGACCUCCCGGGCCACGCUCAACACGCUGGCCGUGGCCGUGAACCGCACGGUCGCCCACCACUUCCACCGCACCUUCUUCUUCACGGGUCUGCGCAGCCCCAAGGUGCCCCACGGCAUGACGGUGGUUGCCCACGGCGACGACCGGCCUGUGUGGCUGAUGUACGAGACGGUGCGCCACCUCCACCUUCACUACGGCUCCGACUACGACUGGUUCCUGUUGGCCCAGGACGACACGUACCUGCAGGCCGACCGGCUGUCGGAGCUGGUGGGCCACCUCACCGCGGGUCAGGACCUGUACAUGGGCCGGGCCGAGGAGUUCAUCGGGGGGGAGGAGAAGGCGCGCUACUGCCACGGGGGCUACGGCUACCUGCUGUCCCGCAGCCUGCUGGCCCGCCUGCAGCCGCAUCUGGACACGUGCCGGAAUGACAUCCUCAGCGUGAGACCUGACGAGUGGCUCGGCCGCUGCAUUAUCGACUACCUGGGUCUGAGCUGCGUGGAGGUGCACCGGGAGAUGACCUACCGCUACUUUGAACUGGGGAAAAACGCCGAUCCAGAGCGAGAAGACAGCGCUCAGUUUAAAAACGCCUUCACGGUUCAUCCUGUCUCUGAACCGAACCUCAUGUACCGCCUGCACAAGCGCUUCAGCCAGAUCGAGCUGGAGUGGACGUACCUGCAGAUCGAACAGCUCCAGAUGCAGAUCAACAACCUGAGUGAGCGGACCCCCGAGGGGAAGGCCGGGGUCACGUGGCCGAUAGGGAUCAACCCCCCCUUCAAGCCCAGGACCCGUUUCGAGGUGAUCAACUGGGAGUACUUCACCGAGGAGCACAUCUACUUGUGUGUUGACAGUUCUCCAAAGUGUGAGAUGAGAGGAGCGGACCGGGCGGACGUCAGCGCCGUGCUGGAGAUCGCCGUGGAGCGCCUGAACGAGCGCUACCAGCCGCAGCUGCGAUUCCGCAAACGCCGUCUUCUCAACGGGUACCGGCGCUUCGACCCCACGCGCGGCAUGGAGUACAUGCUGGACCUGGCUCUGGAGGCCUACACGCAGAAGGGCCACAGUCAGGUCAUCGUGAAGCGGGUCAACCUGCUGCGGCCCCUCAGCGCAGUGGAGAUCAUCCCGAUGCCGUACGUGACGGAGGCCACGCGGGUGCAGGUCAUCCUCCCCGUCACCGCCCAGGAUCAGGAUUACGUCAGCAACUUCCUGGACAUGUACGUGAUGAACACGCUCGACACCCACGACAACGUCCUGCUCACGUUCCUGUUCAUCUACGACCCGUUCGACGCGCAGCGAGUCAGCCAGACCGACGUGUUCGCCGGCAUCAAGGCCAUGAUCGGCGAGGUGGAGAAGCGCUACGGCGACGUGAAGAUCCCGUGGAUCAGCGUGAAGACGGAGGUGCCGUCGCAGGUGAAGCUGAUGGACAUCAUCUCCAAGAAGCACCCGGUGGACACGCUGUUCUUCCUGUCCAGCGUGUGGACGGAGGUCAACGCCGACUUCCUGAACCGCUGCCGGAUGAACGCCAUCAGCAACUGGCAGGUGUUCUUCCCCAUCCACUUCCAGGAGUACAGCCCGGCCGUGGUCUACCGCGACCAGCCGCCCUCCGCCGCCUCCUCCUCCUUCGCCUCCGAGUCGCUGAGGGACGGACACUUCGACCGCCACGUCUUUGACGAGGCCUGCUUUUACAAUGCGGAUUACAUGACGGCACGGACCAAGAUGGCCGCAGACAUCUUAGACAACGAGGAGCUGCUGGAGAGCAUGGACGUGUACGACAUAUUCGUCCGCUACUCGGGCUUACACGUGUUCCGAGCGGUGGAGCCGGCGCUCAUCCAGAAGUACGUCCGGCGAGCGUGCAACCCGCGGUUCAGUGAGGACAUCUACCACCGCUGCGUGCUCAGCAGCCUGGAGGGACUCGGGUCCCGCUCGCAUCUCGCCAUGGCGCUGUUUGAACAGGAGCAGGCCAACAGCACCUAGAUCUCACUGGGAUCGCUGGUACGUUGUGGUACUUCGAGAGCGUUGAACCUCACACACACAGACACACAUGCAGAAUAAUGUGAAUUUUAACACGGUACUUUUAUGAUCCACACACUGAAGUUCUCACUCGUUCAAACGGACUCUGACGGAGCGAUCGUGUGCUGGUGCUGAGCUCAAAGGUGUCAAAUCUGACUUAUGAGUCAAUAUCAAGGAAUCUGUCACGUCUGGAGGAAACAUGACUCAUCACAGAUUCUCCUCACGUGUCUGUCUGUGUCUGAUCGAGGACAGAGACACAGACACGAGGACAGAGACACAGAGCAGUCAACUGUACCAUUGCUGUUUCUAACUGGAGCUGAAGGACAAUAUUCACACUCCACUGAAUAUAUGACAAAUAAGUUAAUAAAAAAAAGAAUUUCUUAAUAAUUAUUUGAGGAAAAACACACUUGAGCCACAAAUCUUCUUUUGUGAAGAUGUUGAAAAAUAAUACUGGAACAAGCUGAAGCUGCCUUCAUUUUAAGAUAUGUUCUUUCUUUUUUUUAAAGAGGUAUUAUUAUUAUUAAAGAGUGUUAUUGUCGCUGUGA